AAAAUAACAAAACUCUCAACCUAUUAAAUCUCACAACAUAAAAAUAAUUUAUUAAUCUCAUAAAUAACUAUUAUUUACUAACACCUUCUCAAAUGUGAAACAUGAUCCAAGUAUAAGUAAGUUCAUUUUUCAUAGUGAGAAACAUGAUCCAAAUCUUAAAGUGAUAAUCUUGUAGCCAAUAAUACUUGGAAAAACAACCACAUCUUCAAGAUAAGGCCAAGCAAAACACAAACACACUUUCCCCUCAUAUUACAUUACACCCAUUUCUAACCUCCUUCCCAAACAAACCUUAACCCAUCAUCAAACCAAUCAAAAUGAGAGCAAUAGCUUCAGCACUACACUCAUCCCUCUGUUUAACACCCCCAAAUUCACCCAAUUCAAUCCAAGAACAAUCAUCCUUAAAACCCAAAAGUAUUCUAUCAAAUCACCCACUUUACUCCCAAACAAACCCUAAUAUCUCCCUCCAAUUCAAAGAAAAAAUCCUUUGUCUAGAAAUCCUAGGCAUUGAUUCAAGCAAAGCCCUUGCUCUUAACCCUUCUCUUCAUUCCACUUCCCUUAAUUCCAUCAAUUCCUUGAUAUCCUUCCUUCAAUCUAAGGGCAUCCACCAAAAAGACUUACCUAGAAUUUUGGGUAUGUGCCCUCAAAUCCUUACAUCCAACAUAAAAUCUGACCUAAUCCCAGUUUUUAAUUUCCUUUAUUAUGAUCUGGGUGUCCCUCAACAUAACUUAAGAAAAGUGAUUAAUAAAUGCCCAAGAUUACUAAUCUCAAGUGUAAAAGAUCAACUAAAACCAGCCCUAAUUUAUCUUAAGAGAUUAGGGUUUAAUGAUUUGGAAGCAUUAGCUUAUCAUGACCCAAUUUUAUUAGUAUCUAAUGUUGAAAAUACAUUAAUUCCGAAGCUCGAGUUUCUGGUUGAAUUGGGUUUUAGUAAAGAAGAAGUAAUUGGUAUGGUAUUGAGAUGUCCUGCAUUGUUUACAUUUAGUAUUGAUAAUAAUUUUAAGCCUAAAAUUGAGUAUUUUCUUGGGGAAAUGAAGGGUAAAUUGAAGGAUUUGAAGGAAUUUCCUCAAUAUUUUGCAUUUAGUUUGGAAAAUAGGAUUAAACCCAGGCAUUUGGAGGUUUUGCAGAGUGGGUUAAAGCUUCCUCUUUCUGUUAUGCUAAAGAGUACUGAUGAGGAAUUUAUGCGGUUGUUAAAAAAAGGGGAUAAUAUUGGUUAAUCCAAACAAGGCCUUAGUGGGGUUUAUAGUAAUUUUAUGUUUUUGAUUUGAGCCUAAUUUUUUUUACCGAAAAUAAUUUCUUUGUUAGUUUUAUCAUUAAUAAAAGUAAGAUAUAUGUUCAAUUCUUUUAAACUACACUCUAGAUAAGAGCUAUUUAAUGACAAUAUUAGUAAUUAAAUAUUAUAAUAAUGUAUUUUAUUUUUGUCUUUGUGAUCGUAAAUAUGGUUUUUUCCAUUUGUAUAAACUUUGGCUUUAUAGUUUAUAUAAUAUAUAAUUGUUAUGGCCUUGAA